AUCAAACCUCUCCUCUUCCUGCUGGAGGACCCCCAUGGGACCGCAGUCCUUCUAUUUAUCCACCAAUCGGCUCGUCGGAGAGGAAAAAUAGGAGGACAGGCUGCACGGAGGAGCGCGCGUCGGGCAGGGUUGCGCACAGAGAAAGACGAAGCUGCGACACCAGUGAGGAGAAGACGCGACUAUCCGACACACACGGCCAUGAGGAUGCAGUGAAGAGGCUCUCUGCUCGUUUCCAGCCGGGUGAAGGGCAGUUGUAAUCUGAUUAGGGCGACAAUGAGCGUGAUUCAGGCCGGGCACGACGGCAGGGUGGACGGAGGCAGAGGAAGCCUCGGCGACAGCGGCGGCGGCUCCCCGAGGCUCCUCCAGCACUGCGCUCAGCCUCCACACAGCAGCAGCAGCAGCAGCCGGACUAAAGAUGCCAGAUAUCAGCAGCAGCAGCUCCAGCAGCAGCAGAGGCAUCAUGGAGGCUCGACGCUCAAACAACCAGCGCACAACGAGCCGGCCGACGUCGUGAGGCGCGCACUGGACUUCAAGUGCCAGGGCACGCAGUGCUACAAGGAUAAGAAGUACCGAGAGGCGAUCGGCAAGUACCACCGCGCUCUGCUGGAGAUCAAGGGGCUGUGCAGGGUGCUGGGGGACCCGGACGCCAGCUCCAAGCCGUCCCCGUCCCCCCUCCUGCCCACCAUCAGCAAGUCCAGCACGCUGACAGACGAGCAGAAGGGGGCCAUGGAGAACGCGGAGCUGGAGUGUUACAACAGCCUGGCCGCCUGUUUGUUACAGAUGGAGUUGGUGAACUAUGAGCGAGUGAAGGAGUAUUGUCUGAAGGUUCUCUACAAAGAGGGGAAGAACUUCAAAGCUCUGUACCGCUCCGGCGUGGCGUAUUACCACCUGGGAGACUUCCAGAAGGCGCUGCACUACCUGAAGGAGUCGCACAAACAGGAACCAUCAGACACCAACGCGAUCCGUUACAUCCAGCUGACGGAGAUGAAGAUUCGCCGGAGCGCCCAGAGGGAAAAGAAGGAGGCGACAUAAUCCCCCCCAAAAAACAGAAGACGCCCUCGCCGCUUGAUGACUUGUAACACGCCGUAAAAUUUGCGCCCUAAUGUGUGCCACCCGGACCUCAACACGCCACGAGUCACAGGUCUGGGUGUGAGCCUUUUUUAUUUGGUUUUGCUUUUUGCCUCGCUCAGCAGCCGCUCAUGUGACUUCUUCAUCGUGUGCUUGAAGCGUUUUGAUGAGAAACCGCCAAAUGUGUCGACGACCAAUCCUCCCCGAGUGUGUUUUUUUUUUAACCCGACAAACCGAUGCACUGCCAGUCCGAACACUGCACACACACAGGCUCACACGCGGGACAGAGACGGGAACAUCACGGUCCUGAAGUGAAUCCAGCACGCCGAGCGUUCCCUGUGAUCCAGCACGCCGAGCGUUCCCUGUGAUCCAGCACGCCGAGCGUUCCCUGUGAUCCAGCACGCCGAGCACGCCGAGCGUUCCCUGUGAUCCAGCACGCCGAGCGUUCCCUGUGAUCCAGCACGCCGAGCGUUCCCUGUGAUCCAGCACGCCGAGCGUUCCCUGUGAUCCAGCACGCCGAGCACGCCGAGCGUUCCCUGUGAUCCAGCACGCCGAGCGUUCCCUGUGAUCCAGCACGCCGAGCGUUCCCUGUGAUCCAGCACGCCGAGCGUUCCCUGUGAUCCAGCACGCCGAGCACGGCGAGCGUUCCCUGUGAUCCAGCAUGCCGAGCACGCCGAGCGUUCCCUCACGCCGAGCGUUCCCUGUGAUCCAGCACGCCGAGCACGGCGAGCGUUCCCUGUGAUCCAGCAUGCCGAGCACGCCGAGCGUUCCCUGUAAUCGCACAAGACGUGUUCCAAAACAAACAAACUGUCAGCACACUUUAUCUUCAAAGUUCAACGAAAGAUGGAGAUUUGUUUACACUCUCAACAUAUCUGAGUGCGUUCAGUCAGUGAGGCUGAACGUGGUCAUGUGGUCACGUGGUCACAUGGUCAUGUGGUCACGGGAUCUGCAGAGCGAGCGGAGGAGGGGGAAGCUGUUCAUGUGUUAAUGCCAAAACGAAGCACUUCAUCCACAACGUUUUCUGUAUCGAUAAAUACUGUGUGUUUCCUGUAAAGGUAUGAGUGUAAUAAAUGUGUGAACUACU